UCAAUUUUGAGCAUUAUGUUUACAACGUAGUUAUUAUAGCACGAAAUAUGAGUCUAAAAUGCCAAAUACUUGCAACUAUUAUGUUAAUCACUGAAAUCUUAGUGUACUAAUUGCUCGCUAUAAGCUAGGUUAUUGCGCCCCUAAACCAACGUACUGACAACGCUACCACUUUAACUGAACAGUGACCAGCCCAACAGGUAGAAUGUCCACCAUCACCGAAGGAAUUGAUGGCAUUCCCGAUUCUCUCGGCUUUCUGGUCCUCAAUGAAGAUGGUGCUGUACUUAGUCAAACCGCACAAGCUCGGAAGAAAUCUGUCUCGGGCAAAUCACUGAUCAUGCUGAUGGAAAAGCAAAUAAAUAUUACCCUAGGUUUGUGGCAUAUGGAGAGAAGUGCUGCUGUCUUGAUGACCCUGCUGUAUAACUGGUGCAGCAUCCACUACCAGGCUGCUUCAAGCACUGCAUCCACCUUCAUAGCUGAGAAGAAAUUGUUUGCAACUCUUACAAAAGCAUUUCUGCUGGAAAGUGAUGGAUGCCAUUCUACGUUGAAGCAGUUCAGCCUCUCAAAUCUUGUCAAACUUUUCAAGCAGUUUAUUCAUCUUAGACCAGAGUGUUUCCUCCAGAUCUGUCAUCUCUCAAUUCUUCUGGGAUUGCGCUGGGUGAAACAAGGAAACCAGCAGAAUGCAUUCACCUUUCUAGAUUAUCUCUUGCGAAAUAGAGCUCUUCAAAAAAAGCAGGAUCCUGACAGCAUCUCUCACCAUUUUCUCCUUGGAGUGAACCAGAAUCCAAUAUCUGAUGAGAAUGCAGCCAGAGUGUUUAGAACCAUGAGCCUCCUGCUGGGCUUGUGUCAUAACCUAGCUGGACAGUAUAAGGAAUGUAUAGAAGCUAUUGAAGAAAAUCAACCAAAUGAUAUGGAGUUCUAUUGUAAAUAUCUCAGAGCUAAUUCCCUCUUUCAUCAGAAUAAACCGGAGUCUGCUCUCUUAGCCCUAACUAACGUGAUAUCUGAUAUCCCAAUACUCCAAGCUAGGCUAUACGACUUGAUUGGCUGCUGUUAUGAGAAGUUGAAUAAACCUCAAACUGCCUUACACCACAACCGACAAGCCAUGGAAAAGUGUUUCACAUACAAGAUGCCACUUUACAAUACAUCAGUACUGUAUCAACAACUUGGACAACAUGACGUUGAGUUGGAGUCUCUCAAUCUCUUGGUUACAGCUCUUGAAGAGGGCGAUGAGGGAAAGUGUCCAGCCAGCAUUUCGCCAAGUGAAGAAAUGAUUGAUAUCAACUUGUCUGUUGGUCGGUAUGUUGUGGAGUCGAUCAGCCCAGACAUCAACUUAGAAGUAGCGCUGUAUGUGUUUGCCAGAAGAUGCCUGGAGAUGGAGCAAUUUGAAAUAGCCUCCCAAAAAUAUCUCAACCUGAUCAAAGUUCUCAGUGGGAAGAAAGGUCCUAGAAGAGCAACCCCACUCAUGAUCAAGUUGCCGGGGAUUAGGACCAUAUUCCUUGAAACUGCGUACUCACUGGUGAUGUCAGGAAGAUAUGAUGAUGCUGUGACAAUCUGUGAGAGGAUUCUGGGCAGAAUGACCGCAAUCAAUGCAUCGAAAGAUAUGUUCUUCAGUCAACCCAGUAGCAUAAUUCUCCCAACAGGUGACAGCACUGGUGGCUCUGUACAUAGCUCUCAAAGCCAAGGUACUUCGAGAAAAAGAAAGAUACAAGAGACCUCAUUUGAAUGCAAUCAGACAUUAACACAGUCAGCUGAAGUGUUAGGAUUACAUGGAGAUGUAGUAGAUGGGACACAGUCAAGUCAAGCUGGGCCAAGCAAUACCGAUGCGAUCCUUGCUUGCAUCUUUAAAGCACAUGCCUUGGUUCAUCUUGAACAGCUUGAAGAGGCUUCUCAGUGCUUGAGCAGGGCCGUUGAUUUAGUUCAAGAUUUGUCAAUACAUGAAGAAGAUGAUCCGUGCCAAUCACCAAAAGGGAAAAGAAGAAAAAUGGAAUCUUCAGGUGUGUUGCAUGAUUCAAUACCAUGUUCACUAGAUCCGAAGACCAUUGGAUCAGACCUCUCUCUUCUGGCAAGCAAGGUGUACAGCAUGAAGGCAAUGAUACUUGGUGAAAUGGGAAAGGUUCAGGACGCGAUACAUUUCUCAAGGUUAUGCCUUCAGUGUGUGCCAGAUGUGGAAGAGUAUACCUUUCAUCACGUGAGGAUGUUGCAACAAGCCGGGAGGCAGCAGGAGGCAUACUUGACAUGGCUGCAACAUCGUAAGAUUGACAAGAGGAUGGACCCAUUGCAAAUUGCCAAAAUGCUCAAAUCAAAAUCAGAACAAAUCAGGGAAGAAACCAGACGUCCAUCUCCGUCGCCAGUGUCGUCUGUUUCGAGAUGGAAGUAUUCAAGGUUGGAUGUCCUCUGCAAGGACAAGGAAUGUUUGGACAGUUUGCGAAGACGAAAAACAUUUUAGAUUGUUGACAUCAGUGAUAUUUGCAAACGACUAGUUCGGGUGCAGUUCUGUUAUAGAAUUGACUCUAUCAAGGAUCAUUAGUGGUACUGUGAAGCUACUGAUGACUUCAAUAUCCCUUCCAACUGUAAAUAGUGGAAUAAACUUUGUUUCUGUUACUUA